AUGUCGUUCGCUUGUGUUUCUGAUGAAGUGUCGUCAUUUAACCCACCAACUGUCCCGGAGACCUCGGAAUCCUUCGUCAUGCCUACUGAUAUACACCCAGUGCUGCAACAAAUGGCCCUUAAAAACUGGGAUUACCGUACGUUUGUGUUGCAACUGAUAAAGUCAGGAUCCAUAAUCGAGGACCCGGCAAAGGCCGAAGAAAUAUGGCUGGAAACUUUGCGAAGUUUAUCCCGAAGGAAGAAGAUCAGCUCGAUAUUCCGUGUUUUUUUCAAAAAAUUGAUAGAAUAUCAGAUAAGUCCAUGGGACGAUGAUAACAAGUUGUUGCAUUCAUUAAUAUAUUUACUAAAGGUAGGUUUAAAUUAUGUACAGAAAUUUGUAGAACUCGAUGAAGAAACCGCAAGCGCUUUGGAUCGUCAUGCUGAUCUGUGUGUGCGCUACGAAAUUGCAAAAUCAGCUGAACAUAUGGAGAAUCUCACGAAGAGCUCAUAUCGAAAUUAUUAUGUCUCGAAAGAAAUAAGCGAUCACUUGCGUUCAAAAGUCAAUAUGAAGGAAACUAAAAAAACUGAAAAACGAAUUGUGAUCUUGCCGGGAAAUGAUGAAUCAGACACUAGCACUAGCACUAGCAGUGAAGAUGACUGUGAAUUUGGACUAAAAGAUAGUGAUCUUUUUACACAAAGGUUCGCUGAAUUGGAAACUUCAAAGAAAUGGAAGUUGAAAUCAGGCACAUAUGUUGAAGAUGUACUUUAUGAGCUUGGAAUGACAUGCCAAUACCAUAAUCUUGUUCAUUCUUUUAUUCUUGACCCUGAAGAUCCGUUCAUCAAAAAUGCAUUCACAGAAGAAGAGUUAUUUGAAAUCAUUGAAAAGAAGAAUGGUGAAGAUCAACUAGAAAUUGAUGAUGAGCUUCUUGAAUAUAUAGAUACUUUUGCGAAGGCAAGUCAAAUUUUGAAUUAUAAUCUCUUUUCUAGCUCAACUCAAGAAAUACGAGAAGCAUUGAACACACCACAUUCUCGACUUGGGCAGAACUACAACCCACAAACAGAUUUCAUGUAUGAACACGUCAGGACCACAGUAAUGGACUGGGUCCGACUCCUCGAAAUGCAACCAAACCCUCUAACUCUUGCUAUGCCAGAAGGCUGGUAUUGUGUUAAUGUUUGGCGAACAAUUGACAUUGCAUUUUCAGAUACACCAUACACCUAUGUUAUUGGUGGUGAGAAGGUGGGUGUGGCAUGUACAUGUUCUGAAAGAAAGAAUCGAUAUAGAACACUGGCAAAUGUUGGGCCAAUCCAGCGAAAAGCCAUUGGGAAAAAAGGAGAUGCUUAUGUAAGAACUAUUGGGUCAACACAGAUUGACUGGGCAGUGUCUGAAGCAGGAGCAAAAUGGGAGGGUGUGCAUGGCACAAAGUUGAUGACAGAAUGUGGCCUGAGUUUGCCUCGAACAUUAAAAGACAUUUUGGUUCAUCUUGCCAGCAAGAUGGGCUUUGCUGAACAGAAGUUGAGGAAACUAAAUAUAGUUGGUUUUGCACAUGCUGGUGCAAUUUUAAUUCGCACGAAUCUUGAUUGCCCAGCUGGGUAUAUUUGCCGUUACACGAGAGGAGAACCGCUUGAGGUGUACGCAAAUGUGAAAAAUUUCCACAAGUCUCUGGAUGUUCUAGUAGAAAUUAUAUAUGCAAAACUUCUAAUAUUGCAAACAAUGGAAGUAGUGAGUAAUGAUGAAAAGAAUUCUACUAAUAUUACAAGAUGGAAAGCUAAGAGAAAGUUGAUGUCAGAUGUCACUAAGAUACCUGAUGUCCAUCCAACGCCAAAAAAUAAGAAGCAGAAAACACCCAAUCAACAAAUUAACAGAUGA